CCUCUAGUGCCGUAAUCCAGUAAAUUGUAUACUGUUUAUUGGAGAAAAUGGCGACGGGAAAAGAAAGUAAUAAUGGGAAUAGAUUUAUUGAAGAUCCCGGCGUUAUCAGACAAAACCCGGAUAUCACAAAAACAUGCUCACAACCCACCAGUUUAUCACCUGCUACAUCAAACUACCCUACAGUUCUAGCAGUGCCAUUAUUUUCUCCAGUAAAAUCAAACACAUCUACUGCUGUCACACAGUCAGGCAAUCGUUCCAUCAGAAUUACACCAUUGUCAUCAUCUAGUCCACGGAAGUUUGCAGAGAGUACUUCAAAUAAAUUAGCUUUUGGCCAAACUAAUAAACUUCUACCCAUGACGAGUAAUCCAGAAACUGAAACAUCACAACAGCAGAAAUACAACAUAGAUACAGCAUUACAACAGGUUGCUGAACAAGGGAGUAAGGUUCUGUCACCAACACAGCAGAAAAACAUUAGAACAAAUUCAGAUAAUUUAUUUGCAGUGUCACAUCCAAGUACCUCAACAUGUCCGAGCAGUAAACCAGUCCAAGGUUCGAAUCUGCCAGACAAUAAAUUUUUGUGUUCUACCCACCAGACAAGUACUGCUUUAGAUGCAAGUAAUAUAGUCCCAUUGUCUGCAACUAGCCUAUCUGAGUUAUCAGGCAGAAAAAUAGUCCCAGGCUUGCAGCAGAAAAGUCACUUGUCAUGUUCAAAAGUAGUCCCAACACCUUAUCCUUACGCUGGAAACCCAUCUGACAAUGAAUCUUUAAAUCUUUCAGUAGGACAAAAAUCUACAGAAAAAGUGAUAUCUAGCUCACUUUUUGGAGUGAUCUCAAAACAAAAUACCAGUGGAAAAACUGAAUUAUCAAACACUGGAAAACCCUCUAAUACUAACACAGGGAGUAGUGAUUAUAAAACAGCUCACCCAAUAGGUUCCCGAAAGGUCACAGAAAAUGUUAUAACCUAUCAUGAACCAAUGUUUCAAUCUGUGGCCAACACAUUGUUUGAAAAUCAAAAAAAUCUAAUGAUGGGAAAGCGUAAGGCCGAAGACGAAAGAGUGUCGGGAGAAUCUGUUUUACAGGAUUUCAAAAGGAGCAAACUUGAGGUCGGCGCAAAUCCAAAUAAAUAUAUGGAUAGUAAAACAACUGUUGUUAAAAAGAAGUCAAUAGAAAAUAUAAUUGAAAGAAUACGAACAGAAAAGACACUUUCUAGAGGAGGAAGUAGUCAAAUGUUAAAAUUAAGUGAAGAAGAGAAAUUGAGUAAUGCUAGUACUAAACAAAAUGAAACUGAUAAAACUGAAACAAAUGUAGUGCAUCCAGGUAUUAUCCAUUCUAAUGACACUGAAAAAGGUGAAAGUUCAGGAAAUAAAUUGGAGGUGGACAAACAGAUAUCUAGUCAAAAAUGUGAUACUGAUAGAAAAUCUGAUGAUGAGAAACUUAGCACUGACUUAAAAGUUAACAGGUUGGAAAAUGACAGUAUUAUAGUUGACAAAACUGAUAAUAAAGAAGAUGCAACAAAUGACAGUUUUGUAAAGAAAACAGCUGACAGUUCUCCAAAACCUAAAAAGUUAGAUUCUAAUUCUCCAAAGUCAAAGAAAGAAAAGAGUCUGUUAAAACUUAAAACUCCAGAAAAUAGUCCUCCAAAAUUAAAGAAGACUGACAUUACUAAACCAAAACAAAAGCAAACAGAACAAAAAUCACCGAUAAAAAAGAAAUCUGGAAGUACAUCUCCAAGAAAGAUUUCAGAUAAAAGCACUACACAGAAGAAAAAUGCUGAAAGUAGUUCUCCUAAACAGAAGAAAUUGUCUGAGAGUAAUAGUAAAAAAGAAAAAGACUCCAAGGAUUACAAUAUUGAAGUUAAAAAUAAUAAAGCAAAAGAAAGUGGAAAUAAUAAGGUCAUUUUGGAGCAAAAGAAAUUUGAAAAUAAUACUGAUACAAAAGAUAAGAAACUUCCCAAGAAAAAAGAUGAAAAGGCAAAAAGCAAAAAGGAAGAGGACAAUGAUGAUUACUCAGGUGAAAACAAUGAUAACAGUAUAAAGAAGACGAUUGGUGAAAAGGUAAAAGUGAAAAGAAAAAAUCAAAGGGAUGUUGAUAAAUUAACUGAAACCCCAAAAAAGAAAGGAAGAAAGAAAAAGGAUGAAACAGUGACUACUGUGAAAAGGUCUGAGGAAAAGAAAACUAUAGCAGUGACAAAAAGUCCUGGCAGAAAACCAAGUGCAAUAAAAACAAAAUUAGGCUUGAAGUGUAAGGUCACAAAACAGAGAAAACAGAAAUUACCAAUAGCUUGCAGGAGAGUGAAAAGGGAAGCAAGUCUGAAUGCUACCAUGUUUCUAAACAUUUUAAGUGAGAAAUCUCCAAGAAUGUCAAAAUUAAGUUCUCAAAGGUCUAAAUCUGAUUCUGAUAUAAAAUGUGUUCAAGAAUUAACUGUUAAUGCAAGCAUUAGUAUGACAAAUGUUGCAUUAAAUGAAAAUGGUGUUAUUAAAGAUUCAAAGCUGGACUUCCUAGCAACUGGUUUGAAAAGUCCAAAGAAAGAAAAAGUAAGUCCAAUAAAGCAGUUGAAUCGAAAUGUAUCUAGUCAAGGAAAACUGAUAAACCAGAAAGAUUUACUGACACCAAAAAGGGAACCAAAGUCCCCAGAUAAAACUCAAAGCCCAAAACAUAGAGUAAGCUUUAGUGAUGAUGUUUUUGAAGAUGUUUUUGAAGCUGUUAUUCAAAGGAGUAUAGAAGCAACUGAAAAGUUUAAAACACCUGACAAAAAGAUCAGAAGCAGAAAAGCUGACAAAGAAACCAAAUUAAGUGAUAAAAAGAAGAAUAAGAAAGAAGAAUUAAAAAAGAACAAAAAGAAUCAAUUGAAAACUAAACCAGAGAAAAAAGAAAAGAAAUUCAGGCUACAAAAAAUAAAACAGGCAAUUAAAAUGACUGCUUCAAAAUCACCUGAAGAGGUUGCAGAAAAGAAAAGAAAAGCAAAUUUAGCUAGAUUAGAAAGAGCAAAGGAACUAAUGAAAACUGAGCGGAAAGUGUCAGAGAAAGGUUUAGUUGAGGAAAAAGAUUCAGAUGAUUCUGUAUCUGUAGCAAGUGAAAAGGACGAUAGCGAUUCUAUUGAUCACGUAGAGUCUGAAACUAAUAAGACAGAUGAAAUUAAAAAAGUUAAGGCAAAGAAAGGUGCUUUAUGUAGAGCUGCAAGAACACAUGUCUCUGUGGAGUCAAAGACUGUAGUAGAGAAUACAAUGCCAUCACCUAGGUGGUGUGAGUGCUGUCAGUCAAGUUACUAUCCUUACCAAACUACUCAGGGAACACAAGUGUGGAGAAUCAAACAUCUAGUGGACAAAGAUUCUUCAAAAUCACCGGAACCUAUCCAAAGUUCCAGCAAUCAUUUCAUUGCAGCUCAUGCUAGAUGUGAGGUGAGACCAUAUGCUUCACCUUCUCAUGUUUCAGUGAUAGACUCAAAUCCAUAUGUGGGCCAGAUUAUGCCUCAUAGUCAUAUACAGUGCUCAGCUUGUAGUUGUGGACACAGUGGUGUAUUCCAUCCAGGGCAGUGUCAGAACUGUACACUGGGGGGAGUUGGCAACAUGUUACCAUGUCAGCGGUAUGGAGGAACAUACUCUGUUACCUACCCACAUACACAUGGCUCAUACACUCAUUGUGGUUGUGGAGCAUGUUAUCCUGCAGGAAGUUACCACCAUUCUGUGGGUCAGACUCUGAUACACCAGCCCCAGAUGUCAAUGUCAACUGAGAGCUCCAUACUUCUACACCACCCUGUACAACUUCAAGUCACACACGAGACAUCUCACCCUGUUACCAUGCCUCCUAUACCACAUUCACACACUGACUCAUGUCUCACCCACUCACCAGUACAACCUGUGCCAUUACAGCUUAGUCAAAACGAGCACAAUCUUGACAACUUAACACAUAUGUGCCAAUUAUCACAAGGGGAAGUAACUAACGUGUCUGCAAUGGCAUCGAGUUCCCCGUCUGAUCAUGAAAUAGACGUUGGUUCAAGAGACGAUAUUGUAAAAUCAGUGCCAAAUAUUUCUCAUUCAUCAACAAGUAGUGCUUUAAAACAUGUUGAUAAAGUAUUAAAACCCGUGAAAGUAAAGAAAAUUUGUACAAAAGAUCCUGUUGUAAAACUAAAGAGAAGCAAGUCAUGUGACAUCUCAGUGGGUACAGCUAAAGUAAAAGAGACAGCAAAAAUUAAAGUAACAUCAGAUUACAAAGUAAAAAUAAAAGAAAAGAAAAAAUCAAAUUUGCUGUUGAUAAAGCAGAAACAAAAGCAGUUGGAACAGAAGUCUGCGAAAAUUGCACAGAAAAAGGAAUUAAAAUGUCCAGGUGAGCAGACUGGAAGCCCUCUAAAUAGUAAAAAGGUAAAAGUGAAAUCAGCAGAAAUAAAGGUUCCUAAGAAGGACAAAGUAAGAAGGAGUAUUAGCAGUGAACAGAAAAAGGAAGAAAAGAUCACUAAAGAGCCGCCAAAGAGAGCGUGGCAUGGAUGGAGCUGGGAGGGGGAGGGUGUCACAAAGAAAGUCACAGAUAUUUUUGAUGGUCAAACAGUGCAGCGGAAGUGUUUUAAUGCUAUACGACAUGAUGAUGGUGACAUUAUCCAGGUGAAGGAUUGUGUACUUGUUUGUUCAGGCCAGAAAGAAAAGGAUAUACCUUAUGUUGCUAAAGUUUCCAACUUCUGGGAAGACCCUAUAUCUGGUGAAAUGAUGAUGUCCGUGCUGUGGUUUUACCGACCUGAACAUGCAGAAGGAGGUCCUAUAUUUGGAAGUCUAGAGAAUGAAGUGUUUGCAGCGAAACAUCGUGACGAGACACUAGUAGCUUGUAUAGAAGAUAGGGGAUAUGUACUCACCUUUAAUGAGUACUGCAGAUUCAUGGCAGAAGUUGAAAGAACCAAGUCCAAUCUUCCUGCCCGCAAGAAAGUAGUCCCAGAAGCAGAUGAAUCGUAUCCUAGCAACAGAAUACCUCCAGUGGACAUCAAUCCAGAAAAUGUGUUCCUUUGCCGCCAAGUUUAUGAUAUUAAACUGAAACGGGUUUUGAAAAAUCCAUCAUGAGAUUAUGUUACAUGUUUUGUUAUUACUGGUUGUCAGAAGAGUUCCUAGAUUCUGAUAUAUGAAAAUUAGAUUUAAAAGAAAUAAUGUAUAGAAAAAUCCUGUUUUAUUGUUAUACACGAAAAGAGGUUAUAUGUGCAACAGAUUGACUGGUAUCUGUACAACAAAUGUUAUCUAGAAUCCUAUUUCCAGCUGAUUAUUACUAAAAAACAUUUGUGUUUGGUAGAAGUGGGCUUAUUAUGUGCCCAUCUAGUGUAUAUUUAUAUUUUGUUAAAGAUAAGCUCACUUUUGUCUGGGUUCUGUUUUUUGCUUCAGUAUGUUGAAAGUUCUUGUAAAGGUAGACCAUAGUGUUGUAAAAAUGUUGUUUUGGGUUGUCUGUAGUGAAUAAAGUGUAUGUGAAUAUAUUCAGAUACUGGAUAAGCACUCUGUUACAAGUGUUGUGUUCUAACUCUUCCAGAAAUUUUGAGAUGAUAUUGUAUUUUUGAGAUUGUUUAAGAUGUAAAUAAAGAUGUCCAUUUUACCUGUCAAUUUACACAGUAAGGUAACUGAAGCCUAACUAAAUUUUUAUUUGUUUUUUGACUUAAUAGAAAUCCAGUUACAUCAUUUAACAUAUUUUAACAGAGAGCAUAAAAUAUAUAAUGUAUGUAAAUACAUACAAAUCAUAUUUGUGUCUCUAUGUUACUUAAGUCGUGUUCAUCCUAAAACUUCAUAGAGUUAGAUCCUUGUAUCAGAUGUGUUCUUGCACGUCUGACUGGUUUUCCCCAUGCUGACAAAACCCAACUGGCACAUCUAAUGCUAGAUGACUGGUGCUGUUAAUUACAAUUAACAACUUGUGCAUUCAUUUAAUAUUGCUUACAUAUGUGGUAUGUAAUACCUUGAGGGUUGUUCUUUGUUCCGUAUGGUAUACUUUUCAAUCCAGAAUAAGUUACUUUAUGGAAUAGACAUAAUGUUAUAAAACUAAACUGGAAUUUAGUUGCUGUGCAUGCUUUCAAUGUCCUGAAGAAGUUUCUGUUUACGGGCAUUAAUUCCCCAUGCUUUGUUUAAAUACGCUACUAUAUGAAACUGUGCUGCAGAUAAAGUAUUUCAUGUUGCUUUAUUUGUUCUAUAAUGUGGUAUGGAGGAAAAAUAACGUUCUAAUGGUUGUAGACACAGAUAAGAAUAUCCAGCUCUCGGGUAACUGUUUACGAGGGACCUCGGCAGAGCAUUGUUACUGUUAGAACAGUUACGUUGAAACCGGAUAUUCCCAUCUGCAUCUACAACAAAUGAAAGAUUAUCACAGACUUUCAGAAUGUCCUUGAGAAUCUAUUGCUUUGACAUGAUUCAUGGUAGAUAUGUCUCCCACCACAUAGUGGUGUGGGAGACAUAUUGAUUUACUCCAGUCUGUGUGUCUGUCACAAAGCUUGUCCGCACUCUAAGUCGAACAUUCCUCAUCCGAUUUUCGCCAAACUUAAACAAAAUGUGUUUGACCAUAAGACCUGGGCCAAGUUCGAUAACUAGCCAAAUCGUUCCAGGUGUCUUAGAGUUAUGGCCCUUGAAUUACCAAAAAUCGGUCUUUUUACUCUUGUCUGCACUCUAAUUCGAAUAUUUCUCAUCCAAUCUUCACCAAACUUAAACAAAAUGUGUUUGACCAUGAGACCUCGGCCAAGGUCGAUAACUAGCCAAAUUGGUCCAGGCAUUUUGGAGUUACGGCCCUUGAAUUAUCGAAAAAUCGGCCUUUUUACUCAUGUCCGCACUUAGUCAAACAUUUCUCAUCCGAUCUUCACCAAACUUAAACAAAAUGUGUUUGACCAUGAGACCUCUGCCAAGGUCGAUAACUAGCCAAAUUGGUCCAGGCAUUUUGGAGUUACGGCCCUUGAAUUAUCGAAAAAUCGGCCUUUUUACUCAUGUCCGCACUUAGUCAAACAUUUCUCAUCCGAUCUUCACCAAACUUAAACAAAAUGUGUUUGACCAUGAGACCUCGGCCAAGUUCGAUAACUAGCCAAAUCGGUCCAGGCAUUUUGAAGUUACGGUCCUUGAAUUAUCGAAAAAUCGGCCUUUUUACUCUUGCCCGCACUGUAAGUCAAACAUUUCUCAUCUGAUCUUCACCAAACUUGAACAAAAUGUGUUUGACCAUGAGACCUCGGCCAAGUUCGAUAACUAGCCAAAUCGGUCCAGGCAGUUUAGAGUUACGGCCCUUGAAUUACCGGAAAAAUCUGUCUGUUUACUCUUGUCCGCUCUCUAAGUCAAACAUUUCUCAUCCGAUCUUCACCAAACUUGAACAAAAUGUGUUUGGCCAUAAGACCUUAACCAGAUUCGAUAACUAGCCAAAUCCUCCCAGGCACUUUUGAUUUAUGGCCCUUGAACUACUGAUUGGAUCCACUCAUCCAGACCAUCUAUUUGGAUCCACUUGUCUAAAACAUCUAGAGAAACUAACAUUUUUCAUAGGGGCAGUUGUGGGAGACAUGCGCUUUUCUCAAAAGCAUCUCUAGUUUUGUUUUGUUUUCUUCUGUCUUUACAGUUGAAUCUGAACUGAAUAUUUGUUGAAAGUAGAAUUUUUUAUCUACAGGAAAUCAAACUGAAUUUUUAUAUUCUUUACUCCAAAUAAGUAUUUUAAGUUAAUACUCAUUUUGUCUGUCAGACCUGUAUUUUAAACCUGACAUUGGCAAAGUCAUUGGAAAGCAAUUAUUGUAUAAUAGUAGAGGUCAUGUUCAGAACAUGUUUUUGAUAAGUGUGUUAAGAAUAUUUUUUAGAAAAACAUUCCACUUGCUAAUGUACUUACUGUAUAUUUUCAGUUUUAAGUCCCCUUUUCUUGCAAAAUUGUUAGAAGGGAUUUUAAUAUUGUUUUAGUUUGACUGUACAAGUAUAUUGAGAUCUAUCUUACUCGCCACUGGGUUAGCAUCCAUGUCCAGACCAGAUUUCUGGUUAAAGGUUUGAUGCACUCAAACUUUAUUACAUAACGGAUUUGAUUCAAACUUUAGAAUUGCUGUUCCUCGACAUCAUCUACAUAAUAAAUUAUGAAAUAACAGUUGUAACUCUCCUACCAAUAUUUCAUGAAGUGUGCCUCAUUUUUAUUAAGAAUUUCAGGCAUAUGUGUUUUACAAAAAGCUCUUAUCUUAUUUGAAAAACAUGUUAUCAAUUUACAAUAUUCAAUCCUGUAUUUUUGGUUUUAUCUAACAAAACAGUAUUGCAGGGUAUCAACGAUAGCUCUAGUUUCCUCAGAUAAGCAAUAUUUUACUAUCCAGCAUCAAAAUAGUCAGCAUGCCGAUGCUUUUUUCACAUUUUUGGAAGACUUAGUUUUACAUCAAUCUUUCUGUAUAAUAUUUAGUUAUAUUCUGUAAUAAUAGCUUACAUUUUAUUGUUCCUUCAGAAUGUUCAUGAAGGGCUUUAGAUUUAUGGGGUAACUAUGUCCAGGGGAUAUAGUUUCUAGUUUUAUCUUGUGUGGGCUAAUUUUACAUUUUUGUCUUAUAGUGAAAUGAACUUUUUUACUGACUGUUUAGCAUUUUCUAGUCAUUUUCUUUUUUGUAGCUCAUUCCACACCAGUGUGUAGGAUGUAGCCCAUAAAAUAUGUGUAUCAUAACUUUACUAAAGCCUUUUGGAAGACUGACAUGUACAAUUGUUUUGGCUUUUUCUGCCCAUUUGGUAAUUCUAUGCACUAUAUUUGCAUAUUCACAGAGAUAAGAUAUUUUGAGAUUAUUUCAAGAUGAAAACUGCAUUUAGUUGAUGCAGACUUCAGUUAAAUAUUUUUACUAGGAUUUAUGUGCUUCUGGUGCAUUUCUCUACAUGUAAUGUUGAAAAUUAUGGUUUUCAGCUGCUUGGCUGUCGGGAAUUAAUUAUAACUAAAGAGUCAGCAUAGAAAACACUCUUUAGACACAAUAAUUUUCCAUAUGUAUUUAGUGUAGAUCAAGGGAACAGGAUAGAAUAGACUGGUAUAUUCAGUGGGCAUUACAGUUGGAAAUUGUCUGAGGAAAUGGCUUUUUACUCAAAGACAGACUUAGACAGUAUUCUUGCCAUAUUUUGUUUGUAGUGCUUCGUUUUGCAUUUAAAUCAAAAGAAAAUUUGAACUACUUAAUAUCAUCCUUGUCAUUCUUGAUAUGUACCAUAUAUUGCAAUAGCUGAGUUAUUUCCCCAAAUAUUUUAGUAUUGUGUGUUGUAAAACAGACUUAAACAGCUACUGUAACCCAAUAUAUAUUUGCGAAGACAAAUUUUCGCGUUUUGCCGAGCUUUGGCAUAUUCACAAAUGUUUAUUUUCGUGUUUUCUUCAUUUCCGAAAAAAAUAUUCAUGGAUUUGUGAAUCCAAGGGGUUGUAAAAGACAUAAAUGUCGAUCUGUGGCUAUCACUCAUCAAACCACAACAUGCAAAAUGGAUUAUAAAAGUAUUUGAUGCUGUGACUAUGACACUGCUUUUAAUAUUAAGUAUCAGUUGAAUAUAAAUUGAGUUAUAUUUGUGUUUUUCAAUAUUUUAUGAUAAUAUUUCAUUCAUUUUGUUAUAACAGGAGAAGGUUACGAAAUGUUCGAAAAACUUGAAUAUUCUGCCAUAUAGCUCUGCAUCAACAAUGUCUAGACUUGUUACGUAGAGAGAGAAAAAUUUCACCAAUUUACUAUUUAAUUGUUCGGACUUAUUCGCGCAAACUAAUUUUCACGUUUAACUGCCAUCCGUGAAUAAAACGAAAAUUAUUGGUCGCGAGUAUUCGUUGGGUUACAGUAUUACUUGCAAUUGAAAUUUUAAUGAUAAAAAUCUGUUUAACUGAGUAAAAUAUUUUACAGUUAUAAUGGAUUUACAAACUAGAAGCUAUUGUUUUUGUUUAAAUCUGAACUAAGACAUAGCUCUUGAAUACAGAUCUAUUAUGUAACAAACAGCUCUGUAAACUUACUUGUUGUUAACUGUUUUGAUAAUUCAGUAUAUUUUUCUAAACCACUUUAUUAUGUAAAAAUGUACAAACAGUUAUUGUGCUCAUUCCUAAAUAUUUACAUUUACUAUAUGUUUUGUAACAAAGGAAAAAAAUGUUUAUUUUCAUAUAAACAACAUUAAUUUUGUGCAAUAAAAUCAGUGAUGGCCCUUUCCAUGAAGAUUGUAAUCAUUCACACACAAAAAUACAUGUAAAAUGGCAUUGUUAAUAAAAAAACUUCCUAAGUCAGACACCAGAACUUAAGAAAAACUAUUUUUUUGUUGUAGUAGAGAUCAGGAUUAAAUGAACAUGACUAUAUGAUUUUUUUUAUUGGAUUGAAAGGUAUUUUUAUUGAAAAUUAUGAACUAUUUAUACGGAAGGAUAAUUUACAAUUUAAUGUUGGCAGGUCUUUCUGACAGUUCUGUUUAGAUGUUGAAAAGAUAGGUAGCCUGCCAUUUAUUUUUGAUUUCAGAUACUCAUUGAAAGAAAAUGACUUGUUAUUUAAUAAGUUACUAAAUAAUGUAAAUACAAAAUUAUAAGGGUUGAUGUUCUUUUUUUACAUUUAGACAGGUGUAAACCAGACUCGGAAUUCUUGGUAAUCAUGCAAAAAUCACAGUUGUGAUUCAUGGAUUAACAAGAAGUGCCAGUGUGGUUUAUGCUUGUCUAAGUGUACAAAAAAUAACAUUGAAUCCUUAGAUGAAGUGUUACAUUUUGAAGGUGCUUUGCUCUGGAAUAAUAUCUACUGUGCUGGCAUAUAUUUUUAAUUAAGUCCUGUGCAAAUGGAAAUGUUAAACAGUUUUGGAUUAUAUUUCUACAUGUGUAGCAAGUAGCUUUACAUACAGUAAAAAUCAAGUCACCAGUUGUUUGACGUUGCUAAGAGAUGAGCAAAUUGAGGGGUGAAUGUGAAAAAGGUCUGUGUGUUUUUAUACGCCCGUCUCUGAAAGAGCAAGGCAUAUUAUGUGAACACCUAUGGCAGGCGGGUGGUCGGCGUCCAGAGCAUGUCCGCUCUCUUAAGUCAAACAGUUUUCAUCCGAUCUUCACCAAACUUGCUGACAAUGUUUGUGGGCAUAAUAUAUUGGCCAAGUUCGAUGACCACCCAAAUCGCCCCAGGCUAUCAUGGAUUAUGGCCCUUGAAUUACUUGAAAAACGCAAAUUUAGCCUUGUCCGCUCUCUAAGUCGAACAGUUUUCAUCCGAUCUUCACCAAACUUGUUGACAAUGUUUAUGGGCAUAAUAUCUCAGCCAAGCUCUAUAACUACCCAAAUUGCAACAGGCUUUUUUGCUUGAAUAAGGCCAAGUUUGAUGACAGGCCUAUUUUGUGACAGUCUGGCACUCUUGUUUUAUUUAUAUGCACUUAUGACUUCUUUUGUAUUCACCACUCGAAAUGCUGAAGUUAUCUUGGGUUUCGAGCAAUCCGAACAUAGAAGAUAUAAGAAAAAAGUAGCUGUAGACUAUAUGUAUUGCUUGAGACAGCCCUGAUGCUCGAGCAAGUGGUGAUUUACUGUAGUAAUGAGCAUUUGUUAAACAUUUGUAUGAUGGAGUGGCUUACUACACAAGAGUGACCUUGAUUAUGUAAAUUUAGGUUUUGCAUCUGUAUAAACUUUAGUUAUAUAUUUUGACAUCUGGGAAGCAUAAUAAAAAUCUUGAUAUAAGUAUGGAUUUUAAACCUAAAUUGUUGUGUAAUUUGCAUGCAAUCGUAUUUUAUCAGUUUCAGUAUGUAUUAUGGAAACAAUAAUUAGGUCUGUUCAAAAUAAUAUAAUGUAUUGUACUACAUAUAAAUAGAUAUAUGUGUAUUGUAUUUGUUGCUGAUAGCUUGUUGUGGUUUGAUAUUUUGCUGUCUGUAUUGGCGAUACACUGGUAUAUGAAAAAAAAUAUAUAUAUAUAUAAAAAAACAGCCUUAAACUAACACUAUUUGAAUAGGCAGUUUCUGCUCAGUUGAAUCAAAAUAAUUUCAUGUUAUUUAUUUAUUAUGUAACAGUAGGAGGAAAGUAGUAAAAAGGUACAUUGGUUAUAAUAAUGAAAAUGAUUAAUAUUAAUGAAAUGUGUAAUCAGUAUAAAGUUUUAUAAAUGAGAACUUUGCAAUACAAUUAUAAGAGACAUUGUAAAAAUUGUGAUUAAUUCAGGUUAGCUGAAUGGGAUUGAUUUUAGUUUUAGUUGUUGUAUGAACAAAUAUUGCUGGACUUUAGAACAAUCUUGUUAGACUAUGUCAUAUGUUUGCAUUUAUUUUGUUGUCAUUUGAAUAGAUUUAUCUCAUUAUAUCAAACAAGUAAAUAAAAUAUGGCUCAUAUAAA